AUGGAUUGCUUAGCAGUAAAGAAUUAUGUCAGUUUUGAAUGGAAGUAUUUACUGGAGACAAGUGUGUAUCCACGUGAACAUGAGCUGCUGAAAGAUUUAAGGGCUAUUACUGCAACUCAUCACAGGUAUUUUUUGGCCACUGAACCUGAUGCAGGGCAGGUGCUGGCAAUGCUGUUAGAGAUUAUCAUAGCAAUCGACCCAGAUCAGAGUGCAUACGAGAAGGGUUUGCCGAUUAUCCGAAAAUCCAGAGUUGCGCACAAGAUCAAUUUCAUAAACUCCAUGGCUCAUCCUGUGCUAGAUCAACUCCUGCAAAAUCCUGAUGAAGAGAAUAGCUUCAACUUCGCCUACGUGGACGCGGACAAGGUGAAUUACGUGAAGUAUCAUGAGAAAUUGUUGAAAUUGGUGAAGCCCGGUGGCCUAAUCGUGUACGAUAACACACUGUGGAUGGGAUCAGUGGUGAUGGCAGAGGAAGAGAUUAAGAGUGAGGAAAUAAGGGGACAAGUUUGGAUGAAUGCGAUAAUCUAUGAACUCAAGCCUCAAUUCCAGCACCUCGAGCUUCAAGGACAGUCACAGGAUGAAGUUGAUCUCCAAGGAUUAGGUGCUGAUCAAGUGGUAAUGGAUCAUGUGUUGGAAGUCGGUUGA